GAAAACGAUUUUAACAUUUGCACUGGUCACGAUUACAUCGAUUGCCAGUGCAUUCACUAAUUUGCCCGAUUUGUAUCAAGAUAAAUAUUUCAUGCAACCGAUUCUUAUCUUCCCCAUGAUCAUUAAUCGACUUCGAUGGUGCUACAUUGCUUUGUUCCUGAUGAACAUUGGCGACAUUUUGAACGACCUUCAAACAUUGCUUAAACAACAACAAAUUCACAGUUGUGACGAUUCAAGUGCACAGCCGCACAGAAAAUAUGCACGCGAAAAUAUACGAUACUUUCGUGAGAUUUACUCGUACAUUUGGUAUACAAUCACACUAGUCAGCGAUUGUUUUGGAUGGUCAUUCAUAUUUUUUCUCGUUGAGUUCACAUUCGAGACCAUCAAUGCAUCUUACUGGUAUUAAUUGAAAUAAUAUUUUUAAUUAUUUGUUUUAUUUGAAGUUUUUUUUAAUGCAUUUUUGCUUUAAUCAUCAUUUCGGCUUCGAAGGCUCUAUAUCAACCUGACCGUUUAUGGAUCAAUCGCUUUGAAUAUUCGUAGGUGUUGCUAUUUUUUCUGGGAAUUUUACAAUUUCGACUGAAAAGAAUGAGAGAAAAUUAAAUUUUGUUCGAAUUCAACGGAAUUGAACUGAAUUAUUCGGUCUCUGAUGAGCUUCUUCAUAUUUUUCAGACAUUUUUCUAUACAACAGUUCCGUUUCAAUCAUAUUUUGGUUUUUUUGUGCCUCUGCAGAAAGAUGCCAAAACAUGGGAAAAGCCGUGACAAAGUCAUUACAUACGCCAUCAAAUUAUAACGAUCCCAAUUACCAACGAUUCAUUCGCAUAUUUUCGCUGCAAAUUAAAGAGCAGCCCAUCAGAAUAAAUAUGAAGCAAAUGUUCUGUUUUAACAACGAGCUCCUUAAAUCGACUAUUGUUCUGAUAACGACAUAUGUGGCCAUCGUCAUCCAGUUUCAAAUUGCCGAUGAAAAUGCUUAUUUGAAUCCAAGAAUGCGCGCCUGAUCUCAUCUUCAAAUAGCUGUUUUCGCUGUUUUUCCUAAUGCACACUCUAAAUGGCGUAUAUACUAAUUAUCACAGAAUAAUAAUUUUACCUAAUUUGAUGAAAACCCAAGGCAAUACAUCGCAAGUUAUCAACUGGCAUGAAUCGGUGAUCAACUAACCUUAAUUGAUUUGAAAUGUGCAUCACUGAAUACAAGAGAAGAUUAUUGCAAAAGCUAUUUCAUUUGUUGAUUGAGCUUCGAGUUAAAAUGUAUCCAUCGCAAAGACCCUAUAAUCCUCGAGCGCUCCAAUCAUUGUGGCAGCCGUUUGUUCGUGUUUUUCAAGUGUUUUGUGUCGCUCACUAUUCCACAUUCCAUGCAACCAAUCAUAUUGGCCGCAUAAUAUACUACGUCGUUUUCAGCACACUGCAUAUUGCGCUCAUGUUUUACUCGCUAUUCCAUGGGUUGUACAUUCGAUUGAAACCAAGCGGCACAUACAAAUCCAGUCCGUUGAUGUUUUAUGUGAAUUUGGCAAGCGUUUCGGGAACCUUGGUGACCCACAUUGUCGCACAUUUGGAACCUCUUUUCGCCCAUAAAGAUGAAGAACAAAUUUACCGGAAACUCAACGAGAUCAACGAAAUUUUUGCAACCAAAUUGAACUAUGUCGCUGAUUUUAAAGUCAUACGAAAUACAAUUAUUUACACUACGCUAUUUUAUAUUUGCUCCGCAAGCUCAGCAAUUGCAUAUUCAUUUUGUUCGCUCCCGACGAAUGAAUUUGAUCGAAUUGUGUUUCUUGUGAAUAGAGCUUUGGCCGCUGCUAUCAUUCGUGCGCGCAGAUGCCAAAUGGCACUUCUUAUAAAUACAUUGACCAACAUAUUGGCUGAUUUACAAAUCCUAUUGAAGCAACAACAGAAAAACUACCGUCCAAAUUCCACCGAAUCGAUUGCUGGUUCCGGUGAAAAUAUCCGCUAUUUGAGAGACAUUUAUUCCAAUGUUUGGCUAUUACAAAAUUUAAUCAGCAACGCCUUUGGAUGGUCAUUUAUCGCACUUCUCAUGGAAUUCUCCUUUGAUCUUAUAAAUUCUUCGUAUUGGGCAUACAUGAAUAUCAAAAUAUAUGAAUCACCCAAUUUGAUUAUUCGUAAGACAUUUCUUUUCGAUGGCUUGGAUUUUAUUUUAAUUUAAAUUAAAUUUUGAAUAUUUUCAUUUCGGUAAAUUAUUUUAGAAAUUGGUUCGUACAUCUCUUCGAUUAUCAUCAAUUUCUGGUAUAUUUGCAUGAUCUGCGAAAGAUGCCAAAAUAUAGUGAGUUCACUCGAGUGAAAGGAGUCACAUUCAAGAUAGUUAAAAUCAUUGUUCUUUUCUUUUUGUAUCUAUGACAGGGUAAGGGCAUCUCGAAAGCAUUGCAUACUCCUUCAAAUUACCAUGAUCGAAACUAUCAGAGAUUUAUCCGCAUCUUUUCACUCCAAAUCCGAAAACAACCGAUUGAGAUAAAACUGAAACAAAUGUUCACAUUUAACUUUGCACUUUUGAAAUCCGUAAGAAUUUAUUCUGAUUCAAGCUGUUUGACAACGAAGCACACGUGCAACAAACACUUAUUUCCUUUGACGUUUGCUAUAACCGUUUUGCCAUAUGCUUUGGAUUUCCUUUUUGUUGUUUCAGACGAUCGUUUCGAUAACGACCUAUGUAGCUAUAGUCGUCCAGUUUCAAAUCUCCGAAGAAAACGUUCCAUCGCAAUUGAAACAUGCGAAAUUGAACAAUUAAACUGCGAAAAUGUUCUUCAACUUCUGUUGUGCUCAUUGGGACAUCUGGGGCAAGAGAAGAGUUUUGAAUUGAAUUCUGUUUGAGAAUUUCUAGAUUCAUAGCUCGAAACUCUCGAAAUACCGUUUUCACCGCAUGGAUGAUAUAAUAAAUGAAGAUUCCAUUGCUAUCACCAGAAAUUAAUUAGAAUUAUCAACCUAAUGGAAAACGACACAAAUAUGGAUCAGUUAUAAUCGUUCACGUUUAUUUAAAUGAUAAAGCACCGUAUUGUAUGAAAUAAAUUGAUUGUAUGACAUAGCACCUUUAAUAGUGCUGAAACAAUUGUGAAUUAUUUUAUGUUUACUUAUCACGUAAUGGUUUUAUAAUUAUCUGUUUAUGUGAAUUGAAAUCUAAAUAGAAGGUAUAUAGAACUUGCUAAAUCAUGGUGAGACACAGAAUAUGUCGUAAAACAGCUGAGAGGUGACCUUUGAUCACUAAUAGCAUCAUUCUCAUUGCUGGCUUCCAUUUUCAAAUGACUGUUUUGAUUGACUCAUACAUCUGAUCUAAGCAUGAUUUUUAUUAUGAAAUACUAAAUUCCGCAAAAUACUUAAAUUACAUACAAAUCAAUCGUGAGCUAAUGGGAAAAAUCCAAAUGCCAUGAUUUUAUUCUCUUUUUCAAUUCUUAUAGAUGUUUCAACAAUUAAAAUUAGGAAUAACGGAUAUUUCAAUUCAAAAAAUCACCGAGAAAUAUUCAAUGACAAGAUUAUUGUUUGUUCACUUGUGUAUUAAGCGGAUCGUAUGGACUGUGUGAAUACAACACAAUAUAAUAUAUAAUGAAUAUCACGUGGGAUAGACACUUCCAAACAAACAGUGUAUAUUUAUUACAUCAGUCAUUUGCAACUGCUCAAUUUUUCAAUUUGUCUAACAAUUUGCGCAUCUCGUUCUUAUCUUCGUUCUGUACGCAAUGAAAAAAAGUUCUUCUGCACAUUUUUCGAUCAGAUAUAUUUGUCCGUAUAGAAUACUUGAGUAUGGAAUAAUUAACACAUAAGAACGCACGCAAAAAGCAGUAUACCUACUGUUGUCUAAAAAACUAUUUUUCUACCUAGGUAUACAUUAUGUGCUUCCUAUCGAAGAAAUAAGAUUGGAAUAACAUGGUUGGAUACACUGAAAAAUUGAGUGCGAAACUAAUUUGGAGUCCGAUAGUCUUUCAAAAACAAGUUUAUUAGCUGUGUUAGUAGUGUAGUAAAGAUAAAACGCUCAGUAGACCAUCAUAUUGUGAAUAACACACGUUAUUAUGACUAAUUUGCCACAUUGUGUGAUGUUACUGUAGUCUCUUUUCGCUGCGUCAUGCUUAAGAGACAACAUUUCGAUGCUCUCGUUCGUAGUAUAAGAACACUGUAUGCCAGUGACAUGAGUCCAGUAUCUGAAGUCAACUUGUUUCAAUCAUUCCAAUUUACUCAGUAUCGUAGACAAAAUUAUCAGCGAUAUUAUUUCAAACGUAAAUUAUUAUCUGUGAAUUGAAUUCCAGAAAUGGAAUUGAUAGGCGCGUUUUGUCUAGUUUUAAUCUCAAUUUUAACACUUGUGUAUGUUUAUUUCAAAAAUGCGUUUAAUUAUUGGAAAUCGAGAAAUAUUCCGUGUGAUGAACCGACGAUUCCCUACGGAACUUUUAAAGGCUUCGGCAAAACUAUCCAUCCGUCACAUUUUAUAAAGAAUGUCUACGACAAAUACAAACCAACCGGUGAAAAAGUGUGUGGGCUUUACUUUUUUGCUCGUCCAGUCGCAGUUUUGUUGGAUCUGGAUAUUGUGAAACAUGUUAUGAUCAAAGAUUUUGCGAAUUUCAACGAAAGAGGUUUAUAUUACAACGAAGAAGACGAUCCAUUGAGUGCGCAUUUGUUUUCAUUGGACGGUGAUAAGUGGAAAAAACUGCGUGCCAAGCUGACUCCUACCUUUACCAGUGGAAAAAUGAAAUUCAUGUUUCCUACGGUGGUCGAAGUAGGAGACCGUUUCCGAAAUUGCCUAUUCGACGUCGUCAAGGGAAACAAUGAGCUGGAAAUCAAGGAACUACUGGCACGGUUCACCACUGAUGUUAUUGGAACGUGUGCUUUUGGCAUCGAGUGUAAUAGCUUGAAAGAUCCAAACGCUGAAUUUAGAAAAUACGGUCGUGAAUCGUUUGCAAAACCAAGACAUAGUACCCAUUUUCUUGAACUUAUCAAUGGAUUUAGAAGCCUGGCCAAGAAGCUUCAUGUUAAGAUCGUACGACAUGAUGUGUCGGAAUUUUUCAUGAAAGUCGUUCGCGAUACAGUUGAAUAUCGAGAGAAAAACGAUGUGAAUCGGAAUGAUUUCAUGGAUCUUCUGAUCAAAUUGAAGAAUCAAGAGACGACCGAUAAAGAUAAAGUGAUUACAUUAAAUGAAGUGGCCGCACAAGCGUUUGUCUUCUUUUUGGCUGGCUUUGAAACUAGUUCAACUACACUAACGUUUUGCCUGUAUGAGCUCGCUUUGAAUCCAGAGAUUCAAACCAGAACCAGACGAGUAAUCAGGGAAGCACUGGAAAAACAUAACGGACAAUUCACUUACGAAGCGAUGAUGGACAUGCCUUACGUUGAUCAAGUGUUGGAAGAAACGUUGCGAAAGUAUCCACCAGUUGCAAACUUAAACAGACGGACGAAAAAUGAUUACCGGGUUCCUGGCAGUAAAAUUGUGCUCGAAAAAGGAUUGUCUAUUAUUAUUCCAGCCUACGCUAUUCAACAUGACCCGGAAAUCUAUCCGAGCCCAGAACAAUUCAACCCAGACCGUUUCGAUGCCGAAGAGGCAAAGAAACGUGACGCAAUGGCAUGGCUCCCAUUUGGUGACGGGCCACGAAACUGUAUUGGCCUUCGAUUCGGCAUGAUGCAAGCUCGUAUCGGUCUAGUCACUCUAUUGAACAAUUUCGAGUUUGCACUCGGCUCCAAAACACCAGUUCCACUCAUCUUUGAGACGUCACAAUUCAUUUUGUCACCAGUUGGCGGCGUUUAUCUAAAGCUAACACCGAUAAAAUCAUAAGCACAAACGUGUCCUGUUUGAUGAUAUCUAAUGAUAUUUCAUUGAGUUCAGUUGAAUCAAAUCAAAAAAAAUUCCGAUGGCUCUGAAUAUUUUCUUUGUAACAGAACUGAACAUAUAUUUUAACAAGUAAUUUAGACGUAUUUUUUUGUUGAUUCGUCGAAUUACGAUGAGUUGAUCGAAUUUUCCUUAUUUGUAGACAAUUGUAAACAACAAUAGCUUUGAGUCGAGUUUAAACGAAUGAAAAAAAUAAAAGAUAAAAAAGUGUUAUGAUAACGAUAUCGAUAGAAAAACAAUUGAAGUGGUUCAUAAACUAAUAAAAAAACUUCCGAAUGAAACAUCUCAAAA